GUAUGUUUCAAUCAAAUCAAUCGGUACGAAAUACUGCUAAUCCGGAACAGAAGAUAAAAACGAUCGGAAUGUCUCGACGACUAUUCUCACCUUGUCAUAUAAUGCCAAGUAUAUUUACUGAUCAUUGGCGUUCAUCAAAUUAUUUGCCCUGUGGAAUCUUACGAUUCAGAGAUGAAGAUCUUCUCAGCAGUCAAGUGGGUGAGAUAAUCGAUAAUGCUGAAAAAUUUUCUGUAUCAAUCGAUGCACGAAAUUUUGCACCAAAUGAAAUAAUGGUAAAUGCUAAAGGUAACGAGCUGAAAAUUAGCGCAAUACAUGUUGACAAUAAUGGCAGGAAACAAUUCGAACGGCGUUACGUGAUUCCGGAUAACGUAAUGACGGAAUGCAACGAAACCAAAAUCAGUCCAAAUGGAAUACUUACUAUCACCUUAUUUAAAAAGCAUUUACCUUCGUGA